AUGAGAAUCAAUCCUACUACUUCUGGUUCUGGGGUUUCCACGCUUGAAAAAAAAAACCCGGGGCGUGUCGUCCAAAUCAUCGGUCCGGUACUAGAUGUAGCCUUUCCCCCGGGCAAGAUGCCAAAUAUUUAUAACGCUCUGGUAGUUCAAGGUCGAGAUAGUGUUGGUCAACCAAUUAAUGUGGCUUGUGAGGUACAGCAAUUAUUAGGAAAUAAUCGAGUUAGGGCUGUAGCUAUGAGUGCUACAGACGGUCUAACGAGAGGAAUGGCAGUGAUUGACACAGGAGCUCCUAUAAGUGUUCCAGUCGGGGGAGCAACUCUGGGACGAAUUUUUAACGUGCUCGGAGAGCCUGUUGAUAAUUUAGGGCCUGUAGAUACUAGUACAACGUCUCCUAUUCAUAGAUCUGCGCCCGCCUUUAUACAGUUGGAUACAAAAUUAUCUAUUUUUGAAACAGGAAUUAAAGUAGUAGAUCUUUUAGCCCCCUAUCGCCGUGGAGGAAAAAUCGGACUAUUCGGGGGAGCUGGAGUGGGUAAAACAGUACUCAUUAUGGAAUUGAUUAACAAUAUUGCUAAAGCUCACGGGGGCGUAUCCGUAUUUGGCGGAGUGGGUGAACGUACUCGGGAAGGAAAUGAUCUUUACAUGGAAAUGAAAGAAUCUGGAGUGAUUAAUAAAGAAAAUAUUGCAGAAUCAAAAGUGGCCCUAGUUUACGGUCAGAUGAAUGAACCGCCGGGAGCUCGUAUGAGAGUUGGUUUGACUGCCCUAACUAUGGCGGAAUAUUUCCGAGAUGUUAAUGAGCAAGACGUACUUCUAUUUAUUGACAAUAUCUUCCGUUUCGUCCAAGCAGGAUCCGAAGUAUCGGCCUUAUUGGGUAGAAUGCCUUCCGCUGUGGGUUAUCAACCGACCCUAAGUACCGAAAUGGGUUCUUUACAAGAAAGAAUUACUUCUACCAAAGACGGGUCCAUAACCUCUAUUCAAGCAGUUUAUGUACCCGCAGACGAUUUGACCGACCCUGCUCCUGCUACGACAUUUGCACAUUUAGAUGCUACUACCGUACUAUCAAGAGGAUUGGCUGCCAAAGGUAUUUAUCCAGCAGUAGAUCCUUUAGAUUCAACGUCAACCAUGCUUCAACCUCGGAUCGUUGGUGAGGAACAUUACGAAACCGCCCAAAGAGUUAAGCAAACUUUACAACGUUACAAAGAACUUCAGGACAUUAUAGCUAUCCUUGGAUUGGACGAAUUAUCCGAAGAGGAUCGUUUACUCGUAGCAAGAGCGCGAAAAAUUGAGCGUUUCUUAUCACAACCCUUUUUCGUAGCAGAAGUAUUUACCGGUUCUCCAGGGAAAUAUGUUGGUCUAGCAGAAACAAUUCGAGGAUUUCAAUUGAUCCUUUCCGGAGAAUUAGAUGGUCUUCCUGAACAGGCCUUUUAUUUGGUAGGUACUAUCGAUGAAGCUACCGCGAAGGCUAUGAACUUAGAAAUGGAGAGCAAUUUGAAGAAAUGA